AUGUUCGACUUUCUGAAAAGGUGGCGCAAGCCCGCCGAAACCCAGCAGCCGCGGGGCCUUCGGCGGACUGCCUCGCUCAGGCGGAUCAACCAGUCCUUUCUCAAGAUAAGGGAGAUCGACACCGACGACGAGGGCGAUGUGCGGAAGCUGCUGUUCGACCACUUCAGGUCGCUCACCAUCCCGGCCAUGGUGUACUGGGUCGUGCAGCACGUGCACGACCUGGUGGCCAUCAUCGUGAUCAUGGCCUUCCUGCUGCCGAUAAAGAGCCUGCUGUAUUUCUGCGUGUGCUUCCUCGUGUACCUGUACAUCCGCGCGCGUGUCGAGAUUGAGAGGCACAUCAGGUGGUGCUGCCCUGACCUCGAGUCGGUUUUCGACACCUAUCGCACGACCGAGGGAUCCAACUUUUGGGUGGGCUACUUCUCCAAGCACGAGGAGCUGGGCACCGCGACGGAGUCCAACACGGAGGCCGCGGCAACGCCGGUGUACACGCGGGCUGAGGGGGGCGGCGACGACAACAACGAGGAGAGGGAGCCCGCCCUCAGCGGCAGGACGGAGCCAGACACCGACGCGAGCGGCACGCAGCCCGCCGGGGAGGGCAGCGCUGCGCGCCACGACUCCGUUCCGUUGAAAGCGCCGGAGUCCGAGAGCCAGCCGCAGCUCAGGCUCAAGAGGUACAAUACCAUGUCGGAGUCGUCCGUGGUUCUGAAGGACGUGCUGAUGCCCAACUGCAAGGAGAAUGAGAUCCUGGGCUGCGUGGGCAUAACGCCGUAUCGGAACAAGUCCACGGUGGCGCAGAUGGUCAGGCUGGUGGUGAGCAAGAAGUGCAGGAACAUGAAGGUCGGCAGCAAGCUGCUCAACCACCUGGAGACCUUCGCCAUGGAUUUCGGUUACACCGAAAUCAGGGUCUACACGAACAACCUCAACACUGCGUACCUGCAGUUCCUCAAACAGAACGGGUUCGUCAUUCAGCAGAUUGUGCGCCGGGGGUUCAUGCGCGGCGACCUCAUCAUCUGGAACAAAACGCUGUCUCAGCCGAACGACCUCCUCGUGACAGAAAUGCCGCUGCUCAGGAAGGUGGACGCGAGUUUCAUCCCGGAGUGA